UUGCUCUGGGGUUUAUUUUGAGUGAAGCAAUGCAAGCGGUCACUGAGGAAAUGCAGCAGAACAGAGUCAUGAUGAUUUUGUCUAUAAAGGUGGAUGUAUUGAUGCGCAGAGAGUGACAGAUGCCAUGUCUUAUCUCAGGUGCACAGAAGCGGCGCUUUUACUCUUCACAUUUGUGCAACUCACUGCAGCCUUAAAGUGUGUAUGUCCCUUGUGUGUAAACCACACCUGUGAGACAGAGGCAGAAGGAGCAUGUUGGAACUCAGUAAUGCUCAUAAAUGGAAAGGAGGAGGUUGUGAAGUCUUGCCUGUCCCCAUCAGAGCUCAAGGGUCAGGUGUUCUGCUACAGCUCUCGAUACGUCUCCAAACGCAACUGCUGCUUUACAGACUUCUGCAACAAUGAGACGCUACACCUCAAUCCAGAGCCACCGCCUGAGGGGUCUGGGUGGAGUCAUCUGGAACUAGCAGCCGUAAUUCUUGUGCCAUCGUGCCUGGUGUGUGUAGGUGUCAUUCUGGGAAAGUGUGCCAUACAAAACCUGCGGUGCAACCACAUAAAAGCCCACAAACAGGAUCCAGAGGAACCCCUGGAUGACCAGACUCUGGUGUCACCUGACAAAUGCCUAAAAGAGCUUAUUUAUGACAUGAGCUCCUUUGGCUCGGGAUCAGGACUGCCACUACUGGUCCAGAGAACGAUUGCUAGAACUAUUGUCCUGCAGGAGAGUAUUGGAAAGGGGCGCUUUGGGGAAGUGUGGAGGGGCAAAUGGAGGGGGGAGGACGUCGCUGUGAAGAUCUUCUCCACACGAGAUGAGCGUUCCUGGUUUCGUGAGGCUGAGAUUUAUCAGACCAUUAUGCUACGUCAUGAGAAUAUUUUGGGUUUUAUCGCUGCUGAUAACAAAGAUAAUGGCUCAUGGACACAGCUGUGGCUGGUGUCUGAGUAUCAUGAGCACGGGUCUCUUUUUGAUUACCUGAACAGAUACACAGUAUCAGUGGAGGGGAUGAUAGUUCUGGCACUGUCCAUUGCCAGUGGCAUUGCCCACCUGCACAUGGAGAUUAUUGGCACUCAAGGGAAGCCUGCCAUUGCCCACAGAGACAUAAAGUCAAAGAACAUUCUGGUAAAGAAGAAUGGAACUGCUGUGAUUGCUGAUCUUGGUUUGGCUGUCAAACACGACUCCAACACCAACACUGUUGACAUCCCCAUUAACCACAGAGUGGGCACCAAGAGGUAUAUGGCUCCCGAGAUCCUGGAUGAUUCCAUAAACACGAGCAGUUUUGAGUCAUUUAAGCGUGCUGAUAUCUAUUCACUUGGCCUGGUGUUCUGGGAACUUGCUCGCAGAUGUUCUGUCCAAGGGAUUUAUGAAGAUUUCCAGUUGCCUUAUUAUGACCAGGUGCAAUCAGACCCAUCAGUGGAUGAUAUGAGGAAGGUGGUGUGUGAACAGAAACUACGACCCAACAUUCCCAACCAGUGGCAGAGCUGUGAGGCACUGAGGGUUAUGGGUAAGAUCAUGCGGGAGUGCUGGUACGCCAGUCCAGCUGCUCGGCUGACAGCACUACGUGUCAAGAAGACUGUACCUCAGGUAACUGUGGUCAAGGACAUUAAAGAGUAAGCCAGUGGCCUGGUGCCCCUCUUAUCUCUGUCUGUCAGUGUUAUUGUGACAUUUCAGAUGCUCAGUUGAGAUGCCAAAGAUUCCAGGAGCUUAAGAGGGAAAUGUUAUCGUGUGCUGUCUAAGCAUUAGGAGAAUUAACGAAAGAGAGUAUAUUUUGUUUCUUAGUCAAUAGAUGGUGAUAGAGUACUAAUACUGUAUACUGCUACCUCAUCUGAUCCUGUAAGUGUCAAAUGCUUGGAGUUGCACUUGUUAUGCUUUGUGCCAUUAAUGUUUUGCUUGGUGUUACUUAAAAAAACACAGUGUUAAAAAUAUAAGUUGAAAUGUCUAUACACACACAGACCAACAAACAGGACCAACAUUUUUUUAAGACCAUGUUUUGAUGUCAGACCGUGUAAUUUGGUCUG